AUGCUGCCAAGGGUAGCAAAGUUGGUGAUGGCACCAGUGACAGAUCGGACCGAGACAGCAGCACUGUUGGAGCUGGGUGCGUUGAUUACGCUUGCGGUGGCCGAAGAGACUAAAGAAGUCGAGAAAGUCAAGGAAGUUGAAGGAGUUGAGGAAGUCAAAGGAGGCAAGACUCGAGAGGAUGUGGGCACAGGGAUCCUAGUGGGAACUGGCUUGGUAGUGGACAAUGGAAAGUUGGGAGGAAUCGGUGCAAUAUCAGUUGGCUCAGGAACCCACGAUGCUAUUGAGCUUGCAUCAAGAGUAAAUGCCUUUUGUGCAAGCACAGUGGACGAGCUGAGAAAUAGAAGGAUUGCAGUAGCUUUGCUCAUAGUGUAUGAAAAUCGAAAAGAUGAUUGCAACUUGGCUACGACUGUUUAUGCAUUCCUUUCGAACAUUCGUUUUGCUCUUCUAUUGGAGAUUGACUGCUUCUUCAAUAGACAACAGUCAUCAUAUGAUACAAAAUCAAACUGUGAGAUUGAACUGAGAUUGCACUCAUUUGACAUGGCCAUACAUUGUAUGGUCAUCACAUUUGAACCCAACCCCAUCUACUGUAAUCCAUAUAUUGGGUUUGACUGCUCUGACAUUGUCAAACUCUACUUUAUUGUAUCCUAA